GCUUCCUCCAUUCAUUCUCUCUGACCUUCAAUUCUGCAAUUCGCCGCGAAUCGGUCCUUUCUCAUCGGCGAGACGAGACGAGACGUUCCUGUCUUCCUCCUGAAACUAGCGGACGCUUCGCCGGAAUCACUAGCGUCGUACAAGAAGGAACAACCAGUGAUAUCAACGGUGAGCGCUUGGCUUACUUUCCCUCCCUUUUAUGUUCUUUAACGAGUAGGAAGAGAAUCGAUAAAAUUAGGGUUUGUGGCUGUUUCGCUUAGGCACUUCAAAUUUCUUUCCUUUGUCUUCAUGUUAUUCAGUAAUUAGUGAUCAUGAGUACUAUUAGUAGGAGAAUGGUUAGGAAUUUGAUUAAGCAUUAAUUUGGUGCAGCAAAGGGAUCUGGCUGGCUAGGAUGAGGGGUGCAGACAGAAUCAGUGGGUUGCCAGGCAGUGUUAUGGAUCACAUUCUGACGUUCUUGCCGCUACGAGAAGCAGCGAGGACGAGUGUUCUGUCGAGGGAGUGGAGGAACAGAUGGGUAGACAUGCCCGCCCUUGCUUUAGAUGACAAGUUUGGUAAGGUAGUGGAACCAGUCUCUGGGGGUGCUUCGCCUGAACUAGCAUCAGCUGCGAACUGCAAACUUAUGUUGGAUGUUUUCGAGGUUCUGUCGCGCCAUCGUGGUCACUUAAAGGAGUUCUCCCUCUCGAUUCCUGGAUUAAGAAGCUCGUUUCGCGACCAUCAGAUUGACACAAUCAUCAACUUUCUAGACAGGCAACACGUUGAAUCGCUGGCCAUUGGGAUCAAAGACUACGUGCUGCCGAGGCUUGUUUACUCCUUCACCCGACUCAGGAAGUUGAAUCUGUGUGGUUGCAAGCUCACAUCCUCCAACGUUGCGUUUGACAGCGCUGCGUUUGACAGCGCUGUGUUUGCUGAGCUCGACGUUCUCGAGCUUAGAGAUUUAGCAGUACCACAAGUUGGUGAAGCUUGUUUCAGCUUUAACUGCCCAUUGCUUUCUGCAUUGACCAUGGAAGGUUGCGGCCAUCGUACCAACAAGAUUAUUAUUGUCAUUGAGGCUCCUAGACUCGAAUAUUUCCGUCUAGUGGGGAGCUUUAGCUUGCUGGAGUUCAAGCAUACUCCACUUCUCAAAACUGUAGACAUUCAUCGAGAUUUCAGCAUCAAUAUACAGGACAAAGGGUACUCAAACUUACUGAAUUUUACAGCCGGUCUUCCAGCAGUGGAGCAUUUAUCCAUCUCUGGUCAUAUCUACAACUACUUGAAGAUCGGAUCCAAAUAUGCAGCUAAGUGUUCCUGGUGGCAGCGUCUCCUUAACCUUAAGAAUCUCAGACUGAAUGCAGUGUCUCUCGGCUCAUCAGCUACAGCCUAUGUGUGGUGUGCUUUUAGCUUGAUGAACAUUUCCGCUGGCUUGACUGAACUAACCAUCGACAUUGCGAAGCAACAAGAAUCUGAUCCAGCAGAACAGAUUGUAAAGGUAAUAAGCAUGAGUAGGGGUAUGUACUCGAAACUUAAGCGAGUGAAGGUGAAUCAGUUCUGCGGUACAAGGUUGGAAAUGGCUUUCAUACAAAGGUUAUUGACUGUAUCACCGGCACUUGAUAAGAUGGAAAUCGAGCUUUCGGACCGCUGUGGAGAUGAAGAUCAACGGUCCGUUUUCAAAAAGCUGUUGGAAUUAACACGAGCCUCGACAACCGCCCAAAUCUGGAUCAAGUAACUUUGUAGCCAUGGCCAGUAAGCUGCCAAUGUGUAUGCCUACUUGUCUAUCAAACGUUCGUAGAACAUUGGAUG